AUGGCAUCAGGAUCUAAGCAGGAAAAGGAAGAUGUUCUAAUUGCCAUUCCUGCCAUCCUAAAGAUAUAUCUGACCCCAACACACAUCAGCUGGCAGCCAUCAGUGAAUGCAGCCAACCACCACACUGACAGAUAUGCCAACACUGAGCUGACUGUGAGGCGAGGACAAGCCUUCAACAUCACCCUGUACUUCAACAGACCGAGGCAGAAUGGGGAGAGCCUAGGAUUUGUCACUGAAAUAGGACCAUCCCCCUCGGAAUCUCACCGCACAAGGGCAGUGUUUAACCUCUCUGAGGCGGGGGGCAGUGGCUGGAGUGCUGCCCAAGGACCCAGUGGUGACUCUGGAGCCGUGAACUUCACAAUAUCCAGCCCAGCCAACGCCGUCAUUGGGAGAUACAACCUCAGCCUCCGGGUCACCUCAGGGAACAAGAUCUACCCCAGAUACCUGGGCCAGUUUGUGCUACUCUUCAACCCCUGGUGCCCAGGUGAUGAUGUCUACAUGUCCAAUGAAAACGAGAGACAAGAAUAUGUUCUAAAUGAAAAUGGAAUAAUCUUUGUGGGUAAUGCAAGGUACAUUGAAGCAAGAGGGUGGUAUUAUGGACAGUUUCAAGACCUUCUAAACAUCUGUCUCACCAUGCUUGAUCUGAGCCUGUACUACCGCCAGGACCCAGCCAUGGAUGUAUCCCGGAGAGGAGAUCCUAAAUAUGUGGGCAGAGUAAUCAGUUCUAUGAUCAAUGGGAACGAUAAUGACAAUGGAGUUCUCCUGGGGAAGUGGCAAGGGAGUUUCCACUCGCAUGAGAACCCAUCCAGGUGGGAUGGCAGCGUGAUCAUCCUCAAGAAGUGGCGCCAGGACAACUACAGGCCUGUUCAGUACGGCCAGUGCUGGGUUUUUGCAGGUGUGAUGUGUACAGUUAUGAGGUGCUUGGGGAUUCCAACUCGUUUGGUUUCAAAUUUUAACUCUGCCCAUGACGUGGAUAGAAACCUGAGUAUCGAUAAGUACUAUGACAGCUCUGGAAGGAGUCUUAAUAUCAGCAAGGAUUCCACAUGGGAUUACCAUGUCUGGAACGAAAGCUGGUUCAUUCGCCCAGACCUGGGAAGAUCCUACAAUGGGUGGCAGGUUUUAGAUGCAACUCCACAAGAACAGAGCAGAGGAAUUUUUCAGUGUGGCCCUGCAUCUGUCUUAGCCAUCAAAGAAGGUGAAGUAGACCUGGAUUAUGACACCUUGUUUGUGUACUCAGAAGUGAACGCUGACUGCAACAGAUGGAUUGUAUACAAUGAUGGAACUAAGAAAAGAAUUUAUUGUGAUACUGAGAUCAUUGGCAGGUCUAUCAGCACCAAAGCUGUGGGCAGCAAUGGCCGUGUGGAUGUCACUGCUAACUACAAAUAUCCAGAAGGAUCUGCUGAGGAAAGACGAGUCUAUAAAAAAGCCUUGGCCAAGAUACUGGGGACAAGUGUCACAGAGGGACGCACAGACUCUCCUGGGGGAAGAUCUGCAGAGACAAUGAGAAACCCUGGGAUCGCUGGGAAAUUCAAGCUGGUUGAACCUCCAGUUUUUGGCAAAGACAUUAACCUGGUCCUGGUCCUCAACAACCUCUCCUCUGACCGCAAGAGAGUGAGGGUGGACAUGAGUGCCUCCACCAUCCUGUACACAAGGAGAGCAGUGGCAGAGAUCCUGAAGGCAGCCACUUCUGUGGAGCUUGGUCCUAAACAAGGGAAGCAUGUCCGGGUAAAGAUCCCUUAUACUCAUUAUGGAAAAUAUCUGACCACUGACAAAAGGAUCCAAGUUACUGCUUUGUGUGAAGUCAUGCGCACGCACGGGCUGAAGCUGCUGGUGGAGAAGACAAUCAUUUUAGAGGACACAAACAUCAUCAUUAAGCUGCCCCGGAGGGUUGUGGUGAACAGAGCCGUGUCCCUGGAGAUCUCCUACGCCAACCCCCUGCCCGAGCCCGUGAGCCGCUGCGUGCUGCUCGUGACCCUGAUGAACCAGCAGGUCAAGAUAAAUUUGGCACGACUGGCACCGAGGGAGAGAUCAAAGAUUUAUUUCGAGUUCACACCUCGCAGGGUUGGGCCCUUACAGCUGCAAGUAGACUUCUCUUGUGACAAAUUUUCACACGUUAAGGGAUUUGUGACAAUUGCAGUAGCACCUGCAUAA